GGGCGGUCGGCUGCGUUGGCUGCGCUGCUGACAGAGGCGCCGCAGUGCGUGCCCUUCACCCAACGAGUGCUCAUCUUCCGCUCAUUGGUGGCAGCCGACAAGGAGCGGGGAAAUUGGGAGGCGGCCCCCGCUUCCGGGGGACCUCGGCCGCUGGAGAUUACCGUGCGCCGGAGCGCCAUUCUGGACGACGGCUACGCGGCACUGCGAAACGUUGGCGGCUCGAUCAAGGGCCGCCUUAGCGUGUCCUUUGUGAACGUUCAUGGGGAGAUGGAGGCCGGCUUGGACCAUGGCGGCCUGGUGAAAGAGUUUCUGGAGGAGGUGGUGAAGGCGGGCUUCGAUGUGAACCGCGGCCUGUUCACAUCGACAGCCGAGGGAGGCCUUGCAUUUCCUCAGCCGGCCGCGGCGCACAUUGCAUCCGCGCCGGCGCUGCUGCAUUUCCUGGGCCUUGUGUUUGGCAAGGCGCUAUAUGAAGGCAUUCUGCUUGACACUCCCCUGGCGCCCUUCUUUGUCGCAAGGCUGCAGGGCCGGCGGCCCAUGUUUGACGAGCUGGCAGCGCUCGACCCGGAGCUGCACCGAAAUUUGCUGCAUCUCAAACGGUACGAGGGCGAGGCCGAGGAUCUGGGCCUGUCGUUUGCGGCGGAGGAGGAGGCGUUUGGGCGGCGCUCGGUGCAGGAGCUGGUCCCGGGUGGCGCUGACGUGGCGGUUACUAACGCCAACAAGCUGCUUUACAUUCACCUUGUCGCUGACUGGCACCUCAACGGCCGCCUCGGUGCCGCUGCCGCUGCAUUCGCGGCCGGCCUAGCUCAGGCGUGCUGCUUAUGCUUUUUUAUUCUCUCUGUGAUAGCGCCCGGUUGGCUGCGGCUGUUCAACCCGGCGGAGGUGAACCAGCUGCUCAGCGGGGGCGAGGGCGGCGGACUGGACGUGGGUGACAUGCGCGCUCACGCCACCUACUCCGGCGGCUACGGGCCCGACAGCCCCACCGUCAAACUCUUCUGGAAGGCCCGCCCCUAUUUCGCAAUUAUUUUGAGGAGUGCGCUGAUGAAGUUUGCCACUUCCGUCAGCCGAGCGCCUCUGGGAGGAUUCAAACACCUGAACCCACCCCUCACCCUGCACCGGGUGCCGUGCGACGCGUCUCCGCUUGCGUUGCUGGGUGGCGCUGACGUGGACCGGCUGCCAACAGCCAGCACCUGCUACAACAUGCUCAAGCUGCCCAACUACCGGCGAGCCUCCACGCUGCGCAAGAAACUGCUCUACGCCAUCUCAGCCAACGCCGGCUUUGACCUGUCUUGA